AUGGCCCGGGCGGCGGGGGGCGGCGCGCUGUCCGAGCGCACGCUGCUGUUCGACAUGCCGCCCGCGCUGCUGGGCGAGCUCUGCGCCGUGCUGGACAGCUGCGACGGCGCGCUGGGCUGGCGCCGCCUGGCGGAGCGACUUUCAAACAGCUGGCUGGAUGUUCGCCACAUUGAAAAAUAUGUAGACCAAGGUAAAAGUGGAACAAGAGAAUUGCUUUGGUCUUGGGCCCAGAAGAACAAGACCAUUGGUGACCUUUUACAGAUUCUCCAGGAGAUGGGGCAUCAUCGAGCCAUCCACUUAAUUACAAACCAUGGAGCAGUUUUGAAUCCUUCAAAGCAGAGACUUCAGGAAGAUAGAUUUCUACACAUGCCUUCCAUGAAAACAGCCAGUGUCACAGCGGAUAAUGUUCUUAUUCCUGAGCAAAAUGAAAAAGGAAUAGUGCUCAAAUCUUCCAUCAAUUUUCAAAAUAUCAUAGAGGGCACCAAAAAUUUCCACAAGGACUUCCUAAUUGGAGAAGGAGAGAUUUUUGAGGUAUUCCGAGUGGAGAUCCAGAACCGAACAUAUGCUGUUAAAUUAUUUAAACAGGAGAAAAUAAUGCAGUGUAAGAAACAAUGGAAGAGGUUUUUAUCUGAACUUGAAGUUUUAUUAUUGUGUCAUCAUCCGAACAUACUUGAAUUGGUCGCAUACUUUACCGAGACUGAGAAGUUGUGCCUUGUCUAUCCAUAUAUGAGAAACGGAUCACUUUUUGACAGGUUGCAGUGUAUUGGUAAUGAGGCCCCACUCUCUUGGCACAUUCGAAUCAGUAUAUUAAUAGGAACAUCCAAGGCCAUUCAAUACUUGCACAACACCAAACCGUGCUCGGUGAUCUGUGGCAGUGUAUCAAGUGCGAACAUACUUUUGGAUGAUCAGUUUCGACCCAAACUAACUGAUUUUGCAAUGGCGCAUUUCCGACCCCACUUGGAACACCAGAGUUCCACCAUAAGCAUGGCAAGCAGCAGUAAUAAACAUCUGUGGUACCUGCCAGAGGAAUAUAUCAGACAAGGCAAAUUUUCUGUUAAAACAGACGUUUAUAGCUUUGGAAUUGUGAUAAUGGAAGUUUUGACAGGUUGUAAGGUGGUAUUGGAUGAGCCUAAGCAUAUCCGGCUGAGGGAUCUCCUUAUGGAAUUGAUGGAGAAGAGAGGCCUUGAAUCAUGUCUCUCAUUUCUGGAUAAGAAAGUGCCUCCUUGUCCUCAAAAUUUCUCUGUCAAACUGUUCUUGUUGGCAGGUUCGUGUGCUGCAACACGAGCAAAACUGAGGCCAUCUAUGGAUGAAGUCGUAACUACUCUUGAAAGUACUCAAGCCAGUUUAUAUUUUGCUGAAGACCCUCCCACCUCACUAAAGUCGUUCCGGUGCCCUUCUCCUCUAUUCUUGGACACGGUACCAAGUAUUCCAGUGGAAGAUGAUGAAAACCAGAGUAAUGAUUCACCACCUCGUGAUAUGGAUCUGAGAGAAAAAAGAAUGGCUCCAAAAAUUCCCUUUGAAUGCAGCCAGUCUGAGGUUACAUAUCUGGGCUUGGAUAGAAAGACAGAGAAUCAGCGAAGUGUGGAUGCUUAUAACUUGCCUCGUUCUUCUUGUGAAGGAGGUUGGUCGCCAAAGGAUGCAGCUCCAUCCCAGAACUCUGGGGUCAAUAUCUUGAAUACACAACCCUCUGCAGAAGCUCAAAGUUAUUCUUCCAGGACUGGACCAGUAGAAACUAGCUGUUCCUCUGAUUUUUCCUGGAGUGAAUGUGAACAGUCCAAACAGGAAUACAUUUCACCAGACAAUUUAAAAUAAUCAUAGGUCAGACACCCAAGACACCCUCAUCUUGGGAAGGGAUCAUCAUCAGAAGACAUGUUUCUGUAAGGAAGGCCAGGGAGUCAAGCAUGGUGUAUGUAUGGAAGCCUGGAUAAUUCCAUUUCUUCCUUCCCCACUCCCAAAACAGAAUGGCUAUAAACAACAUUUUAUCAGGGUAAUUGUCUUAUGCUCAAACCUAGGUUUCAGGGACUGGAGUGGUAGUACAGUAAGGUAAGACAGGUUAUAUUCCCAGCACCCCACAUUGCCUCCCCAGCCCUGCCAGGAAUAAAUCCUGUGCACCACUUCCAGAUGUAUCCCCCAAAAUAAACAAAAGUUGAGGUUUCAUAGUGCCAUUGAAAAUACUUAAUGUUACUGAUUUCAGAGAAAUAAAACAACCAAAAUCUGCCUCCAAAGGUACAAGAAUCUAAUGUCUCCAUAAUCUUCAGUAAGUGGCCUCAGAGCCUCCAUGGGGCUGAGUAAGAUUGGUAGGUAGCUCAGUUGGAUUCUGUUGCUUGGUUUAGAUUGCUUGAAAGCAGGGGAGAUGGCUCAAAGGAAUGAAGCACUUGCUUUGCAUGUAGGAGCCCUGGGUUCAGUGACAGCACUACAUGAUUCCCCAAGACCACAAGAUAAAACCCUGUACGAGGAGUAGCUUCUGAGAACCACUGGAUGUGGCUUCCCCACAAAAAGAAAUAGUCAAGUAAAUAAAAUAA